AGAUAAAACAUGGCGACUCUAAUGGUGUCCAUGUUGGUUUACACACAUUAUCGAACCCAUGGCUUCGUCUCUUCUCCAAAACCCAACGUUCCUUCUUAAACCCCAACGUUGUCCCCCAACCUUGACGAGCACGCGCUGGGGCUACGUUCGGGUGCGGUGCGGAGGACCGCGGUCGCAGCGUGGACCUCUGCUGAAAGGUCGAAUCCUAAGCAUCGAAGCAAUCCAAGCCAUCCAAACCCUGAAACGCCUCCACCGAACCAACCCGCCGAACCUCUCAGAACUCCUCUCGAACACCCUCACGCGCCUCAUUAAAUCGGACCUACUCGCUACCCUGCGGGAACUCCUACGGCAGCAACAGUGCGCCCUCGCUCUCCGCGUCUUCUCCGCCCUCCGAUCCGAAUACGGCGCUGACAUGUCCCUCUACGCCGAGAUGGUGCAGUCCCUCGCCGCCGCCGAAAUGCACGACCAUGUGGACCAUCUCAUCGCCGAAUUGGAGGAUGCGAAUGGGAUCCACUGCGACGAUCCCAAGGGGCUUCUCUGUCUCAUCAAGGCCGUUAUUUCUGCCAAGAGGAGAGAAUCUACGGUCAGGAUUUACGGGCUGAUGAAAAAGAAUGGGUGGGCCUCGGUUCUUAAGCCCGAUGAGUAUUUGGUUAAGGUUUUGCUUAAUGGGCUCAGGAGUUUUGGGGAGCACACCCUUGCCAGUGAACUUCAAAGUGAAUACAAUAUGGCACUUGCCAAGUUCUCUAGGGCCAAAUUCGACGCAUUGAGCAUAUAGUCUAUUAUAUAUAUAUAUAUAUAUAUAAUUAUUGUCGUUCGAAGUUUGAGAAAAUGUAACCCUUUUAAAUAGAGUAACAUUGAAAUGUGGUUUAAUUAUUAUGAUAUAUUGUGUAGGUCAUUGUAACCAUUCUUUAUGACAUUUUGGUGAUUAGGGGGUGGUAUUGAAUUUUGAAGCUUCUGGGUCAAUUUAGUUUAGCUUUUUUUUUAUAUAAAUGAGCUUGUGCAAUUGGCUGAUUUUGUGAUUUAUAAAUAACAGUUA